CUCAGAUAUAACGUCACGUGACAGUCCCGUGAUAAGAAAAUGGCGGCGACCUGACAUCGAAAGAAUUGACAUGAAGGUUUCUUGGGGAAAGAUGCCCCUUGUUAUAGGGUUGUGUUUACUGUUGUCAUGUAUUUCUGUGUCAUAUUGUCAAGGAUAUAUACCAUUAUGUUCAGCUACAAAAGAUGAUGUCAAGAUGGACCUCGCUCUACUUCAUGUUGUCAAUGACAAAAAUAAAAAUGUCACCUUGACAUUGUAUGUGCAAAGUGCAGAAUGUUACAAGUGUAAUUUGUCUACCGGUAUUACUGUUAGUCCAAAAGUCAAUUGUUCUUUAUUAGUUGAUACACGAUGGCCAACAAGAUUAGCCAUAGAACCAGAAGAUGGUACAAGUAGUCAUUCUUGUCGUGAAGAUAUGUUAUCUAUGUCAUUUGUAGAGGGAGGAAUAUAUAAUAUAUUUAUUACUAUAUCUGGUAUUGCCAAUAAUGUUAACUGUUCAUCACCACAGUUAAUCAAUGAUCCACCUGAUGUUAAUAUACCUAUCUAUGUUGCUAUUGGUGUUGGGGUUGGUGCAUCACUCAUAUGGAUUGUUCUAAAAGACUUAUAUAAUCGUGGUACAUUUCAUCGGUUGUUAUGUUGUUGGAGUACAGAAGGUAUGAUGGUUGAUCUAGGAAGUCCUACUAAUAUUAAUGCAACUGAUGAUUCCAGCAGUUCAGUUACAGCAAAUAAAGAUGAUAAAAAAGUUAAAAAAGAGAGAUUAAAGUCACUUGAUUCCUUUAGAGGAUUGUGUUUAACUGUUAUGAUUUUUGUCAACUAUGGAGGUGGGGGGUAUUGGUUUUUGGACCACUCAGAUUGGAAUGGUGUUACUGUAGCAGAUUUAGUUUUUCCUUGGUUUGUAUUUAUUAUGGGAACAGCUAUGGCUUACAGUUUCUCAGCUCAGUUACGAAAAGGAAUGUCUAAGAAAUUUAUGUUAUUAAAAGUGAUAAAAAGAUCUAUGAUUCUAUUUCUACUGGGAUUACUUGUCAACUCUUCAGGUUAUAAUGAAGGAGUUAAAUUAGAAUUAUUUCGUAUUCCUGGAGUUUUACAAAGAUUUGCAGGAACUUAUUUAAUAACAGCUGGUAUUCAUAUCUUCUUUGCUCGCUCCAGUGAUGCUAGUCGGGAUUCAUGGUGGUCUUCCAUACGUGAUAUAUUAUAUUAUUGGCCAGAAUGGAUUAUAAACCUAACAUUUAUUAUUACACAUCUUGCCAUAACAUUUUAUUUAAAAGUACCAGACUGUCCUACGGGUUAUUUAGGACCCGGAGGAGCGAGUGAAGAAGGAAAGCAUUAUAAUUGUACCGGAGGUGCAGCAGGUUAUAUAGACAGAAUGGUGUUUGGUGAUGCACAUAUAUAUCAAAAUCCUACUUGUAAGGAAAUCUAUAAUACAGUGAUACCAUAUGAUCCAGAAGGAUUACUUGGAACUCUCAAUUCAUGUUUUAUGUGUUUCCUAGGAUUACAAGCUGGUAAAAUAUUAUUGAUACAUAAAGAUUGGGUUUUAAGAAUAAAACGUUUACUGAUAUGGGGAAUAGUCACAGGUACCAUUGCUACUAUUUUAUGUAAAGCAUCAAAGAAUGAUGGUUGGAUUCCAAUUAAUAAAAACCUAUGGUCCCUAUCGUUUGUAUUAGCAUUAGCUGGUAUGGCAUAUAUAUUAUUAAUGCUAUGUUACCUGUUAAUAGAUGUUUAUCCUGUGUGGUCCGGUUCACCAUUUUAUUAUCCAGGAAUGAAUGCCAUAGUGUUAUACAUUGGUCAUGAGUUUUUUAAUAGAAAGGCUCCAGUUUACUUCCAUAUUCCACGCACCCAUCAAACAGAAUUACCCAUGAAUAUAUGGGGUACUAUUUUUUGGAUAUUGGUAUCAUAUUAUAUGUACUAUAAUGAUAUUUUUGUAACAGUAUAAGUGAUGUAUGGCUUGAUCAGCAACAGGUUUCUAAUUAAUAUACUGAUUUCUUUUGUGUCAUAUAUUCAGUGGUGUGAGAAAUAAUACUACUCAUUACAAUUAGAUAUUAUAAAAUACCUUGAAGCACACUUAUUAUUUGGUCAUCAUUCUUGGUCUGUUUCUCUAAUUUUUUCUCAAGUAACUAACAGAUUUAAUGUUAAUUUUAUUAUGUUUCAAUUAUCAUUUAUUUUAAUUUAAAACUGACCAAUGUAAUUGUUACAUAUUAUCCUUGUAUUUUAACCUGAUUUUAAUUAGUGCUAAAGAAACAUGGCAACAUCUAUACUAUGUUCAAAACUUAUGCAAUUCUAUGGAUACGUGGCUUGAUUUAUGCAUGUAGUGUACUAUGUUCAAUACUUAAAUUCAUGUGAUUCAUGUAUGUAGUGUACUAUGUUCCAUAGUUACAUUCAUAUGAUUUAUGUGUGUAGUGCACGAUUCUGUGUAUUUGGGAGAUUGAACAUCAUAAUUUGGUUGAUUAGGUCAGUUAUUGAUCACAUGAGGUCACUGGUACCUAAUUAUUUUAGACAGACAAACUGCUAACAAACUUUUUUUAUUAAAGAUAUUUUCCAAGAAAAAUAUUUAUCGGGUGGUUAUUUCCAAUAAAAGUAUAGCAAUUUUGGUAUAUAUGGAAAGUAGAGAUAUCCAAUCUUACUAGAAAAAUACUGGAUACCCUGAAAAACAAUCAUGGAGCGUAUACAGGACAAAAAUGUAAGGGUUCCCCUAAUCGACAACCCGACAAUUAGAAAUACCUACAUGCGUGACGUCGAAGGUUGCACGCGAAGAUUGAGCGCUUGGUGUACAUGUUGAUCAACUUUAUGAAUAAUUAGACGUAAAACACUUUCUGAGAUAAAAAUCAUGGAAAAAGACACGGGCGGUGGAUAAUCCGAGAAUUUAAUUAGGAUUUGAUAUUUGUAAUAAAUAGUCAGCGAUUAAAGACGACAUCGUUUUGUGUAUGCACUGAUUUCUCCUCUGACUUUGCCCCCGUUGCUAUAGGUACCGAGAGAGGUAAGUCACGUGACACAAACAUGACCUCUUUUGAUCGAUUUUUAUAGCAGGCUAUUCCUUGACAAUUACAAUGUUUUGUGAAGGAUUUGAAGCAAAAUUAUGAUAAAUUAAUUAGUUUGAAUAUGGUUUUGGUCCAAAUAUAUCAUCAAAUCACCCAGUUUGUAUGCGGGAAUGUAUCUUUAAAAGCACUGUACUAGUUUUAUAUAUAUUUAUCUUCAUUGCUUUAUGACAAAAUUGUAUUAUACAAAAUUUAUGGGAUGACGAUGUUAUGUAUGUACUAAAGUUUGGGUCAAUUGGAAUAAAGUGAUUUAAAUAUUGUUUUUAAGACCUAAUUAAAAAUACAUGUUUUUAAAAUCAGUUUGUAUGUGUAGUUCAAUUUAAAAUCAAAUAGAAUUUGGUUAACAUUGUGUUAAAAAUAUAUUAUAAUUCUUAUUUCUUUGAUUUUUGGAUUCCAAUGAUAUUUAUUUGUAUUUAAGAUUAAUAAAUAAUACUCUGAAAACAUGCUUCCUAAAAUAACAAAAUAAUUUUUCAUUAUUAUCAGUAAUGUUUGAUUAAUUAAAAGCCCUGAAUCCACUGAUAAAAAGUUCUGUUUUAAGAUUCUUCUUAAAGAGAUAAAAACUUGUGUAAGCUUUUGUCUAUUCUGAUAUAAAAAAUGGUGCUCCAGGUAUAAAAAAACAUAUGUUAAGUAAUAUUAAGUAAAAUAUUCUUUGUGUUUGUUAUUGUGGAACCAAGUGAAAUAUAUGGCAUCUUUGUGUCCAGCAUGGCCUGUUCUUCAGAUCAGAAGGGAGAAAGAACACAACGUCGCUAGCAUCUGGAAUAUUAACUGGCUGCAGAAUACACUGGGUCAAGAGGUGUGCCACUUAUAAUGCUGUUUGUACAUGCAAUGACCCGAUGCGAUACCACCUCAUGCUUGUUUGGGAUUGGGAAGGGAGUGGCUCUCCGUAAGUUGAAUAGUGACUCCGAGUUCAGAGGGAAUGCUGAAGUUUUCUCCAAUGAAGCAUCCAAGAAAGACAUCUGUGCUGGCAAGAAGACUUACUUGUUUGUAUGGUGGUCGCUUUGAUGAGGAUUUGGAUGCUUUGCUUAAGACGUUUUUGUGAAAGGGUGCCAUCAAGCAACACAAGCGUAUCUGUGCAUAGUCUUCCCUCCACACAAGCAGCUGCCUGCUAUCAUAGUGCUUGUGUAUAUUGCACAAACUCAUUCUUAACUUCUAAUGACACGAGGAUCUUGAAGAUGUACACUGAGACACCUGCUCACCGUUUUUGAAGCUAUAACUUUUCGUGUCUUAAUUAUUUACUCCUAUUUAACUACUAUAUUUUCUGUUAUUUAAGAGAACUGUAAUGAGCGUGUGGCAAAAAUCACGGACGUGUCAUACAAAUGAACAAUGAAGAACUGGAUUAAUGAGUUUAGAGAUGGUAUCUGACUGUAUGAUCGGCAGCCAUCUUGAAAAUGACAACCAUUUUGGAUUUUUACUUAGUGAAAAUAUCUAUAAAUAUUAUCAAUGUAAACAUAUCUGAAGGUGUUCAUUAAUUUGUAGUGCUUGCUUAAUUUGAGCAUUCCUGCCCAAGAUAUAAUGUAUACAGAAUAAAACUGACUGAAAAUAUGACGAAAGUCAGCCAUCUUGAAUUUAUGCCAUUUUAAAAUUUUCCCUCGCAUAUAGUAAUCUACAUUUUUAAUAUGUUGUUCAGGACAGUUUGGGGAACUAUUUGCAGCAAACAGAAAUUCUGUUGCAAUUUUUUCUAGGUCAAACCACAUAUGGACUGAACUAAUAUUGACAUUGUUUUACAAUUAACCUUUCAAAGAUAUGUCCCUCUAGUUCAUUUGAUUAUGGGGCUUCCACAGAGGUUGAUAUAGGAGACAAAUGCCCUCUAGUCAUUUAAGGCUGUGGGUGGACCAGUCAAUAUUCAGGGUUUGGGGAUGGGAUCAUCAAAGACCAAGGAAGCAUUAUACAACAAUGGCAAAAUAUAUAACUUUUAGAAUUAGUAAAUUGACUGGGCUAAUUUCUGUCUUUUUUCUGUGGUGGAACCACACUCUGAUAUAGUAUUGGAUGAACCGUGUGAUGUGACUUUGGAAAUACUGUAACUUUGUAUGUUGUUGUAAGGCAGUUUAAUUUGUGUAAUAUAGAUUGAUUAAAUUUUAAUAUGGCAUGGAUGCAUGUGGGUUUGUUUAUUUAGUAUCGCAUAAAUAAAAUUGUACAUAUGAUGAAUAAUGAAUGUUUUAUGUGUAAAAACUUUGAUAUAAUAAACCUAUUUUAUUUUUA